AUGUUUUCACAUGCAAAUGUUGGUUCAGUCCAAAUUUUAGUGAAUGCCCUCAACCUGUUUUGUUCAUUCACUGGACUUCAGCUUAAUCCAGCAAAAUCCAAGGUCUUCUUCUCAAGGGUUGAUAACCAAGCAAAGGCUUCUAUACUGUCCCUCCUGCAAUUUCAAGCUGGAUCACUACCUGUUUCCUAUUUAGGCUUACCUCUGUCAGCCUUAGCAAUCAAAGUUAGGGACUGUCAAACAUUAGUGGAGAAAAUUACUAGAAGAGUUGGCAGCUGGACCUUCAAAUUUCUUUCUUAUGCAGGGAGAACAGUUCUUAUAAAGUCAGUAUUGUGCUCCAUUCAAUCCUAUUGGUCUCAAUCCUUUGUUUUACCUAAGAAGGUGUUUGAUGAAGUUAAUAAAAUACUGAGAAGAUUUUAUUGGUCUGGAGUUGAGCUUAAGAAGGGAUGUGCAAAAGUGGCUUGGACUGCAGUUUGUAGGCUAGAGAUAUUUGGUGGGUUGGGAUUUCUGGACCUUGAGCUUCCUAACAGAAUUGCUAAUCUAAAACAUAUUUGGAAGUUGUGUAGUAGAAAAGAUUGCCUUUGGGUAGCCUGGACUACUUGUCAUCUGCUUAGGAGUAGAUCAUUUUGGUGUAUCAAGCCCUCUGUAAACUAUUAUGGUUUUUGGAGGAGUCUGUUGAAACUGAGAGGAAUGGCAAGAGGUCUCAUAAGGUAUAGGGUGGGGUGUGGGAAAAACACUAAUCUCUGGCUCGAUUACUGGCUCCCUAAUGGACCAAUUGUUCAACAGAUAGGGCUGAAUGAUGUGAAAAUUCUUUAA